AUUUACAUGUUCAAGAUCAACAGCACCUUAGCUAAAAUUAUCAAAAAAACAUCAAAACUAUUUUAAAACCCUAAAAUGAGGCAUCGUUUGUAAAAAAAUUCUACGUUUUCUCUUUUAACCAUUUUGGCAAUCUAAAUUCGCUAUCUAAAUUCGAAAUUAGCAUAAGACCCUCUACCUUCAAGAGCGUGAUCAUGACCAAUCGACUGGCCUUGCACCACAUCCUAACCACCCAGCUGCGGAAGGACUGGGAGCAGGAGGAUCCUGACAAGACCAGGCUGUCGCAGCUGGCCAGGAGGGACAGGAUCAAGGCCUCGCUGAGAUCAACCCAAAUGCCAGGACGCCACCUGAUGCCCGACACCCGGAAGACCUACGACAAUAUGGUGGCAAGGAUUCACUCGACCAUGAAGUCGGUUCGAUCACCCCGAAGACCUCGACCAAAGGUGCCGUUGCCCGUAGCGGCGAUUCCGACCAUAACUCCAGGAGUAGCCCCACCAUUACCAUCGAAAGUAGUGUACAAGCAUCCAAAACGCAACAAGUCGGGACGCAUAAAGGGCGGUGGCAACUCCUCGAAGGGCAGUGCCCAUGGGAUGGCCACCAAAAGCAAUGACAAGUCACUGGCGGCGAUCAAGGCCAUUGUGAACCAUAGGUCGAAGGGUUCCAAGGGUUUCGAGCAGCAUCAUCGAAUUCGAGAGGUUAUUCAGCAGAAGACUGUGCUGGAGACCAUGUUGCAGCAGCACAAGAAGUUGCAAAGGGAUCGGCGAACCAUAGCCCUGGAUAUCCAGCGGAUGCGGGCUGACCUGGACAGGAUUCGCACCAAGUUGGACACCUCCCUGCAGAGCCUGAACUCCACGCGCACCCUCUUCAGUGCCACCCAGAAGGCGAAUCUUCAAAAGGCCAAUCCCCAGAACACGGUUGUCCAGCAGAGGACCCCCAAAACCACAAUGACCCCGACCCGUCGCCGCUCUGGGGUCAAACGAAAGAUCAGGUCCAACGCCAUUCCGAUGAACCGACAGAGCACCCUGGCCAACAAGGCACCCAUCCUCAAGCGUCGAGUUCGUUAAACGCCAUGUAAAUAGGAGCAAAAUAAAAAAAUAUUGUAUGAAAUAAAUUUAAAUUAUAA